AGAAGACGACAACACACAUCAAUCGCGUUCCCCAUCCACGCAAGACGCACCCCUUUACGGUUCCUCCGAUCUCUCGCCGCCGGCUUCCUCCGUCCGUCCUCUGCUCUUCUCUCUUCCUCGCUUCUUGACCUCCGGCAGCCCGGCGCUCAGAUCUCUUGGGUUCGUCGCCUCGAACCACGCCUCCUUUCCAGCUUCUGUCCUUUUCCUUCGCCAGAUCCAUCUGACUCUCGACUAGCAAAAUUGAGACUUUUCAUCUUCCCUUCCUGUUCGAUUUCUUCUGUGGACUUUGGUGCUUUCUUAUUGGCUGAUUGGCUCGUCAAAGGAAAACUCAACUCAACCUUCUCUUUGGAGUUCAAACGAAAAACGGCAAAAAGAGGGAAAAUCGUCUUUUUCCGGUAUCGCAUUUAAAUUCACAACUUUUUGUGGUCCGGUAGGUGAUCCGUCCUGACGGGAGAAGAGAAUGAACGGGUUCAAGGGACCAGGGCUGCGGAAGGUAGGGUCCCAUUCAUCGCUGUCAGACGCCGACGACCAUGACCUCUCCCGGCUGCACGACCGGCAUAUUCUUAGCCUUGAUCGGCAGAGAUCAUGCGACGAGAGGUCGAUGAACGAGCUCUCCAUAAGUAUCCGGGCGAUCGAUAGCCAUGACAGUGUGUACUCGCCGGGAGGGAUGAGGUCCGGAUUCAGCACGCCGGCGUCGUCGUGCCGGAACCCUUUCGAGCCACAUCCCAUUAUUGCGGAGGCUUGGGAGGCCCUCAGAAGGUCCAUUGUCUACUUCAAAGGAGAGCCUGUUGGGACCAUUGCAGCUUUCGAUCACGCAUCUGAAGAAGUCCUCAAUUAUGACCAGGUGUUUGUUCGAGAUUUUGUACCAAGUGCGUUGGCUUUUCUAAUGAAUGGAGAGCCCGACAUUGUUAAGAAUUUCCUUUUGAAGACUGUCUACCUUCAAGGGUGGGAGAAGAGGAUAGAUCGUUUCAAGCUUGGGGAAGGUGCGAUGCCAGCAAGCUUCAAAGUGCUGCAUGAUCCUGUUAGGAGAAUUGAUAAUUUAGUGGCAGAUUUUGGAGAGAGUGCAAUUGGAAGAGUUGCACCUGUUGACUCUGGAUUCUGGUGGAUUAUUCUUCUGCGUGCUUAUACAAAAUCAACUGGGGAUUUAACCCUUGCAGAGUCAGCUGAAUGCCAAAAGGGUAUAAGGCUUAUAUUAGCUUUAUGUCUGUCGGAAGGUUUUGAUACAUUUCCAACCCUGCUCUGCGCUGAUGGUUGUUCAAUGAUUGAUCGAAGAAUGGGCAUUUAUGGUUAUCCUAUCGAAAUCCAAGCACUUUUCUUCAUGGCAUUGAGGUGUGCUCUGACAAUGCUCAAACAUGAUACUGAGGGAAAGGAAUUUGUUGAGCCGAUAGUGAAACGUUUACAUGCUUUGAGUUAUCACAUGAGAAGCUACUUUUGGCUUGAUUUCCAGCAGCUAAAUGACAUUUACCGAUACAAAACUGAAGAAUAUUCUCAUACAGCAGUGAACAAGUUCAAUGUAAUACCAGAUUCAAUUCCAGAUUGGGUGUUUGAUUUUAUGCCUACUCGUGGUGGUUACUUUAUCGGAAAUGUGAGUCCUGCGAGAAUGGAUUUUCGAUGGUUUGCAUUGGGUAACUGUGUGGCUAUUUUGUCAUCUCUUGCUACACCUGAGCAAUCUAUGGCAGUUAUGGAUCUCAUUGAAGAACGCUGGGAAGAGUUAGUCGGAGAGAUGCCACUUAAGGUUACUUAUCCCGCCAUUGAGAACCACGAGUGGAGGAUAGUUACAGGUUGUGACCCCAAGAACACCAGAUGGAGUUACCACAAUGGAGGAUCUUGGCCAGUGCUUCUAUGGCUGCUCACUGCAGCCUGUAUAAAGACUGGUCGACCACAGAUUGCUCGAAGAGCAAUAGAGCUCGCGGAAACCAGGCUGCUGAAAGAUAGCUGGCCUGAAUAUUAUGAUGGUAAGAUUGGAAGGUAUGUAGGGAAACAAGCAAGGAAAUUCCAGACAUGGUCCAUAGCUGGUUAUUUGGUGGCCAAGAUGAUGCUGGAAGACCCAUCCCAUGCUGGGAUGGUCUCUCUGGAAGAGGACAAGGCCAUGAAACCUCUAAUAAAGAGAUCAGCUUCAUGGACUUGCCCAGAUCCUGCAAAUUGAGUCAACCAUGUAAACCACAUUAGUUUCGCCAAAUUUAUCAUGAUCAUGCCCGUCAUGAGAGCAAACAAUUUAUGGAACACCAAUAAGUCGGAUUCUGAUUGCAAGAUGAGAAUGCCUAUCACAUCACUGCAACUCUUUGCAUUAAUGAAGACGGUCUUGCAAAUCCCAAUAUCUAUCUGGACCAGGUGCUAAUUAGAGGCUGGAUUCAUUCGGUUCUCUAGCAUUCAUACUUCAACAGAAGAUCAAAGCGUUAAUUUAAUUUCUCUUUACUCGGAUAUCUUCAUCUAAAAGUGCUGUUGCUCUUCAUUUUUUAUGUACAUUGUUCGAAAUUUUUCAGUUUGUGAUUCUUGCUAAUAAAAUCACUUUAGUUUCCAUGUCUGAAUGAAUAAAAUAUAUUUGUUAGGGAUGUUUUGGUA